AUGGUUAAUAUAACCGCCGCCGGAGAUGGCAUCACCGGCGGCUAUAGGGGCAGCUCACUUGGUAUGCAGAUCACCAUCGCGACUCUAGCGGGAGUCACUUGGUAUAAUGCAUUUGAACUAGUCACCCUCCUCUUCGUCACAUUCGCGCAAUAUCGGGGUCUAUACUUCUGGAGUUUACUUAUUUCGUCGUCGAUCGGUCUAGUCCCUUACUCGCUGGGAUUCCUCAUGAAGUUCUUCGACCUCACCUCUGCAACAUGGCUUCCGGUCACUUUACUUACUAUCGGAUGGUGGUGUAUGGUCACAGGCCAAUCGAUCGUCUUAUAUUCGCGCCUGCAUUUGGUGAUAUCGAAUCAUCGGGUCCUACGGCGCGUUUUAACGAUGAUCAUUGUCAACGCCAUCGCGCUGCAUAUUCCAACCACCGUCCUAACCUAUGGCACCAACCUGGCCAAACCCAACGCCCCAUAUAUUCGUGGAUAUAAUGUUAUGGAGAAAAUACAGAUGACCGGCUUCUGUAUUCAAGAGUUUAUCAUUUCGGGCCUAUACAUCUGGGAAACAGUGCGCAUGUUACGUCUCGACCCGGACCGCACCAAGCGCAAGAUUCAGUGGCAGCUCCUCAUCAUCAACACAAUUAUUAUCAUCCUAGAUCUAGGAUUACUGGUCGCCGAAUACAUGAACUAUUAUAUCAUGGAGACCAUGCUCAAGGGCGCCGUCUAUAGUAUCAAACUGAAGCUUGAGUUCGCAGUCCUGGGUAAACUCGUCCACCUAGUCCACAACCACGUCUGGAAACCCGAAUCCUUCUCCGGACCCGAAAAUCUCCCCGACUUUGUCGACGCAACCCGAGUCCCUUCCGACGUCACCCACGCUACCACAACAAAAAAUCACCGGACUCCAGACUGGAUGGACGCCGAUGAUAUCUCCAUCGCGAUGUUCGAGCAUUCGCCUCCCACCAACUCCUCUGACGCAUCUGGCGAAAGUCAUGCGGUGCGCCCUAUGGAUUUUACGAAUCCAUUUGUUCGAUACCAGCGACACUCGUCUCGGUUAUCCGAAAAACCACGGAAACCAGGGUAA